GGGCCAUUGAGCCAACAACCAGAGUUUUAUUAACCAUUAACCAAAGGGUAAACUUUACUCUUUGGCAUUAACUAAUUCACUAUGCAGUUAGUCAAAUCAGUUAGACUUUGUGCAAAAUGAGUGAAGACAAUGACACUCCUGAUAGAAUUACUAUUAAAGUGAAAGUAGCCGGUGAAGAUUAUUAUCCCAUUGUAAUUGAUUGGUCAGACAAAACCCAUGAAUAUCAACAGCAACAACUGUUUAGACAACUUGAAAUAUUCACAGGAAUACCAAAUGAAUCUGUAACCUUUGUGAGAAUUUUCAACCCAAUAAACAAUUCCUAUUUCACGAACAUGGAAAACCCUGAUCAUAAUCACCUCUUAAACCAAUCCAAUAGCUAUGAAAAUACUUGGCCUUUCACAAAGGAAUCGGUGUCGCAAAUUAUCAGUGAUGGCGAUGAGUUUUGUCUUUCCACCUUCAUUGAGCCAUUUCGCAUAGAAAGGGUCUUUCGGCUGGGCUAUCAGUUACUUACUGGAAACAUGACGCACCCUACGGAAUGUACUGAAUACUAUUGCCAACACAGUGAAAAUAGAAAUUUUUUAAAUCAAAUAAGGAGAAUAGUUAUAAAUUCCGAAUUAGCCUUGCAGGUCAGACCUCUGCUUGAUCAGAUAAUAGGACAUAAUUUAGAGGCUAGCUUCAGAGUAAUGGAGCUUUUUAACAUCAGACAAUUUUUCGAUCCAUGUUGCCGUAUUAUUGGCAGGACACCUGGACACAGACACAAACGCCGGUAUUUACCAGAGAGUGGUUAACCAUUAGUUUAAUGUACAUUUAAUUUUUACACGGAUUUUGAUUAUUUGCAGAAUUAUGCCAGGAUUAUGACUAGAUAACGAUUCAAAAUUUAUCCAAAUAUUUGUAAAUAAAAAUGUUUUCAUGUUCAUCUUUAAAA